GAGGAAUUGGAGCUGCUCCAGGCGCGGCAGAAGGUCCGUGAACUUCGUGGAGCUCCGCUUGCAUCUACCGAUGAUGGUGGAGGAGAUCCGGUGGAAGGAGGCACUUGGGGGGAGCAGACCAACCGGGAGCAUCUGCCAGGGCCAGCACCAAGGCGGGCACGAAUUCGGAAGGUGGCAUCUAACUGUAAUGAAGUUGUGGAUGCCCUUAAUUGGAUGGCCGGGACUCAUCAUGAUGAUCUACGAGGCUCGCCCAGUCCGAUGCAAGCUCAGGCUAUGAUGCGUGUGGAAGGUCUGGUCCGAGACCAGAAGCCCAGUGGCGUCGUGGCAAAACCGGAGGAAGCACUUCGUUCGCUUCUCCGUGGAGGCACUCCGUAUGACUGGAAGCCUUCAAACGAGACUCUUGCCUCUUACCAAGCCGACCUCGUCUCCAUUCCUGAUGAUGUUAGCGGGUGCCCUCUACUUUUUGAUGUGCUUCCGCAUGACGACUGUCGGUACCUGGAGGAGCAAUCAGAGCUGAUGCUUGCUGAAUUUGCUGGUGCAGAAGAGGGCAUAGAACCUUACUGGGAUCCCGCCUUGAGGUACAAUAAGAAGAUGUACAACAAUCUGGUCCAGCGCCUUCAUAAGAUCGGGUAUUUCCAAUACACCACACAGCCGAGGAUGAUCACCGAUGCUCGGUUGGCCAAUCUUUGCUUCAAGGCGGCUCCGGGGGUUUCGUUGAUGACCGCUGAGUCCUUUGGUCGCUUCGAGGUUGAGUUUGAUGAAGAAAUCUUCGCGAGUCCCGAGAUGAUCUCAAAGCUGACCGCUUUCAUCGGGUUGAAUGAUGUUAAGGACUGCUUUCAUAGAUUGCGUGUUCCUCUAUGGCUGGCUCGGUACUUUGCUUGGGAGGCUGUCCCGGCCAAGACGGUGGGAUUGGAGAACACGUAUGUGGAUGGGAAGUUCGUGGGGCCCGGCUACUACACGAUCGCAGCGAGCCUCUGGUUUUACAUGUGGGACAGGUACUUGUCGGCCAUCUCACUUUCUGUGGACUUAUGCAUGCUUUGGCCAUCCAUCAUGGAAGAGCUCAGGGCCUUCAAGGGCAUUUUGUUCAUGUUGGUCCAGGAUUGGUGGAG